CGCAAUUUAUUUUAUCUGGCUGGUUGCCGGCUGGGCCUACAGGUCGCCAUUUUAGUGGCGGACAAGGAAAUUUUGUUUUUCUUUCCUGCGAUCGUCGUAAUCGACGAAAGGGAGUAGAUUAUACUCCCUUUUUUGUGUUGAAAGCAUUUAAACCGCGUAUUUACCGCUAGGUAAAUUGAAUACUGUGGAAAAGUUGUUUUUCUCUUUGUUUUGUAUUAAAAACAUGGCUUUCUAAAAUGUCGGCCCUGAACGUAAAAUUGUCGUCUCCUUGCGGAGUAUCCCGCACACCUUUUGUCGUGGAUGUUGGAGGAGUCCAGAAUGGACAAAAAAUCAUUAAACAGAUUGUCUCUACCUCAGUCGAGGGCUUCGGCCGUCGAUUGUAAAAAAAGCACUGAAUUGACACAUAAACCUUGGCCAGGGAGUAAAAAACGUGACGGAUCCGGUGCUGCUUCAAAAAAUGAACCUUUUCGACGAAAUCAACCACAAAGAGGUCGGGGUCAAAUUGACAAGCGUUCCCGUGUUCGUGGAGCUAAUUCUAUUGUGGGUGGAACGCAGAACUCCGGGAUAGAGGAAGAUGAUGAGCCUGAAUUAGGUUCAGUAUAUCUGCCUGGAAGCAAAAAGCAAAACUUGAAUCAUUUGCUCAACUUCAUGUAUCCUUCAAGGGGUGGUGCUGACCGCAGAGGUCCUGCGCCUCGGCGUCCUGUACAAAACUUGGCUUACAAACAUCAACACGAUCUUUAUCUCCGUGCUAAUUGCCAGUUUGUAGUAAAAAAUGGUGAGGACUUCGAAAUGAAUCUAAUGGAUCCAGAUACUCCUAUCAAAUGGGAACAGGUUGAGCAGAUAAUAGUGCGCAGUACCGGGCGUUCAGAAUGCCCGAUCUGCCUGGGCAGGCCGGUGGCGGGGCGCGUGGGGCACUGCGGCCACGUGCACUGCUGGGCCUGCGUGCUGCACUACGCGGCCGCGCACGAGCGCCGCCCGCCGCCCUGCCCCGUCUGCGCCGCGCCGCUCCACGUCGCAGACACCAAGUCUGCCCACAUCAUACAAUGGGCACCACCCGCUGAUGAGGUAACAAUGCGUCUUGUCCGUCGCUUAAGAGGUACAACGACGGUUGAGGUAGCACCCCCUCGCGGACAGAUAUCUGCAGACUUGUCCACACCGAUACUGCCUCUUGAGCAACUUGCCAAUGCCCCGUUCACCAAAUACUUCACCGCUACUAAAGAUCAGGUGUUUGAAAUUUUAGCUAAAGAACGUGAAGAGAUAGAAAACCAAAUUUUACAAGAAAUUGAUACAACAGAAAUCCUUUACUUGGAGCAAGCAUUACAUCUGCUUAACAAAAAAGAGGAAGAAAUUAAAAACCAAAUUGAGAAACAUAAAACACCAGAACCUAUUGAGGAUGUUCCUCCUAUUGUUUAUGAAAAGCAGGACGUUAAUGAUAAGAAACUAGAUUGGUUUGAUGUAACAGAAGAUGGUGCUGCUUGCAUCGAACUCAUUGAAGAGAAUAUGGAGGUUUUAGAUAUUAAUGUUCCCGAACCUAAUCUAACUUCAGAAGUGAUGACGUAUUUAGAAGAUGAAUUGAAUGAUAAUAAUCAUGCUGAGGAAUUUCCUCUCAUGGAUUGUGGUCCACCUCGAGAAAAUCAAGUAGAUAUUACAGAGAUUGACAAAGAAAACCAGUCAAAGUACUUCUAUUUCUAUCAAGCUGACGAUGGACAACAGAUAUUCCUAAAUAGCAUCAAUAUUCGUAUUUUGAAUGCCUCGUGGGGAGGGCUGGUCGCUGCACCCCCGGUUAUAAAGGGUCGGGUGCUGCACCGAGAAACAUUGUCACUUGCAGAUCAGACCAGGAAGCAUAUGCCAUACACAGCUCACUUACCAGUUUACUGCUCCUUUGAUAUUGUGGAGUUGGAUUUACAACCGCCAUUCGUCACUACAGAAGCUUUGAGAAAUUUUGCAGGUUUGUUACUAAGAUUAGUACAUUUCACCCCACUGACAGAGGCCAAUAUGGCAAGCAGCAGUGGCACAUGGCGCGUACGCAAAGCGGCGCCCCCCAGCCCACCGGCCCCCGCGGAGGAGGGCGCAGGCCCGCGCGCUCUCGUGCUCAGUGACGCCAUCGAGGCCGCGCUGCACGCCGCGCCCGCGCCCUCACCUGCACUCGCGCCUUCGCCCUCCAACAAGAAGGGCAAAAAGUCCAAACCCAAAGUGUUGUUUGCUACUGGCAUGCAACGCACUGGCUGAAAA